AUGGCUGCAAGAUUUGUGGGGGAAGCUUUUCUCAACUCUGCACUUGGUACUAUUUAUGAGAUGCUGAUUUCACCUUUACUUGUCAACCUCAUCCAGAGAAAGAAGCUUAACCGGAAGCUGGUUGAGAAGUUGGAGACAGUUCUGAAAGCUGCUCAUGCUGCAAUCAAUGACGCUGAGCGGAGGCAGAUUGAAGAGGAAGCAGUGAAGGACUGGCUGGACAGGCUGAAGAAUGCUGUGUACGAUGCUGAAGAUGUACUGGAUGAAAUAACCACCAAAGCUGCCACUCAAAAGGAUCCAGGUAACUCCCUGUCUCGCUAUGUCAAUUUGCAUGAUGAUGGUGAGAUAGUAACCAAGAUAGAAGAUAUCAUUGCUGCUUUAGAGUUAAUUGUAAAAGAGAAUGAUAGUCUUGGCUUGAAAGAGAUACCAGUGGAGGACAUGUCAUGGAGAAUCCCAUCAACAUCUCUAAUUGAUGCGCGUGAAAUAUAUGGCAGGGACCAAGAUAGGGAGGUCAUAGUAAAAUUGUUGCUAGAUGAUACUAAUGAUGGUGAAAUAUUCGUGAUUCCUAUUGUCGGUAUGGGUGGAAUAGGAAAAACUACUUUGGCUCAGAUGGUUUACAAUGAUGACCAAGUGCAACAAAAAUUUAAUAUUAAGGCAUGGGUUUCUGAUGGGAAAGAAGAAUUUGACGUUCUUAAGGUGACAAAGACUGUGUUGGAGAAAGCAUCUUCUUGUUCUUGUAACUCUAAUGAGUUAAACAUAAUUCAGGAGAGUUUGAAGGAAGUCCUAGCAGGGAAGAAGUUAUUGGUUGUUUUGGACGACAUGUGGAGUAACAAUUAUGAUGCUUGGAUAAGUUUUCUAAAGCCUUUUAAAUCUAGUAAUGAGGGCGUUAAGAUUCUUGUAACAACCCGUCUUGAUUCCACUGCUGAUAUGGUGAAAACUAUUCCAACUUACAAUCUGAGUUUGUUGGGUGAUGAACACUGCUGGUCAGUGUUUGCAGAUCAUGCAUGUCUUAAUUCUGUUGAAUCCCAUAGCCGUUCUGCUUUAGAAGUAGUUGGUCGAAGAAUUGUCAAAAAGUGUAAUGGGUUAGCUUUGGCUGCUCAAACACUUGGAGGUUUAUUAAGAGCAAAAAAAGAAGUAGAGGAUUGGGAGUUUAUAUUGAAGAGUGAAAUUUGGGAACUUCCGGAAAAAAAUAGUGGGAUUCUUCCAGCAUUAAGAAUCAGUUAUCACUACCUCCCUUCGUACUUAAAACGUUGCUUUGUUUAUUGUUCUUUAUACCCAAAAGACCAUGAAUUCAAAAGAGAUGAAUUGGUGUUACUGUGGAUGGCAGAAGGUCUUUUGCAACAACCAAAGAGUGGAAGUACUUUAGAAGAAGUUGGUUAUAAAUAUUUUAAUGAUUUAGUUUCUAGAUCAUUUUUCCAACAUUCUAACAAUUUCAGAAAUUCAUUUGUAAUGCACGACCUCAUGCAUGAUUUAGCAAUAUUGUAUGGUGGAAAGUUCUUUUCUAGAACCUUUGAACUCGAAAAUGCAGACAAGCAUGAUGAUAAUCCUCGUCAUUUUUCAUAUAAUCUUGGCAUCAAUAAUUCAUUCUCAAAGAUCUUGGAAACAUGUGAUAGUUUAAAACAUGCAAGGACAUUGUUGGAAAUCAAUCUUAAUACAUGGCAUGAUUCCUCAAAGGAAAUUGGUUCUUGUAAUCCUUGUUGCUUACUUGCACAGUUGAAGCAUGUAAGGGUUUUGUCAUUUAAUUUUUUUCCUCUUCAGCAUGAUUCAGUGCUCAAUUCAAUAGGUGAUUUGAUUCAUUUGCGUUAUUUGGAUAUCUCCGGUGCACCUAUCAUGACAUUGCCUGAGUCAAUGAGUAACUUGUAUAAUUUACAAACAUUGAAGUUGAGUAAAUGUAGAAGACUAGAAAAGCUUCCAACCAACAUGCAGGAACUUGUAAAUUUGCGUCACUUGGAUCUCUCUGAUAUGCCUAUUGUGGUAUUGCCCGAAUCAUUGAGCAACUUGUAUCAUUUACAAACAUUGAAGUUGAGCAGAUGUAGAGGACUAAAGAAGCUUCCAGACAAGAUGCAAGAUCUUGUAAAUUUGCGCCAUCUCCAUAUUGAAGAUACUAAUUUAGAAGAGAUGCCAAAAGGGGUAAGCAAAUUAAAAAAAUUGCAAUUUUUAAGUAAUUAUAUGGUGGGAAAGCUUGAAGAGAAUGGAGUUGGGGAAUUGGGAGAAUUAGCACAUCUUCAUGGGUCAUUGUGUAUUGAGAAAUUAGAGAAUGUUAAUAAUAGUGGUGAAGCAUUGAAUGCAAGGAUGGAUGAAAAAAUACACCUGAAUGCUUUAUAUUUGACCUGGUCAUCAUUUCAAGAAAGUGAUAUUGUUGAUUCCCAAAUCGAAAAAGAUGUGCUCGACAAAUUACAUGCUCACAAAGAGUUGAAAGAGCUAAGAAUCAGUGGUUACAGGGGUGCAGUAUUUCCAGAUUGGAUAGGACACUUUUCAUACCACAACAUGGCUGAAUUGGAGCUGAAGGGAUGUAGGAAUUGUCUGGUGCUUCCUUCACUUGGACAGUUACCCUCUCUUAUGCAAUUGAGGCUUUCAGGAUUUGAUAUGGUGAAGAUGCUUGGUGCUGAAUUCUAUAAGGCUGAUGGAACGGAUCAUCAUCAGGAGACACCCUUCCGAUCUCUCAAAUCUUUGUCAAUUUUUGAUAUGUCUUGCUGGGAGGAAUGGGUGUCAUUUGAAUGUGAUGAUGAUGCACCAUUUCCUCAACUUGAGCAACUUUCCAUAUGGGACUGUCCUAAAUUAAGAGGAGAUAUGCCAACUUCCCUUCCAUCUUUGAAAACACUAUAUAUUUCAGGAUGCAAGCAGCUUGGUUGUUAUCUCCCAAGAGCUCCCAUGCACCAAUUAAAAAUAUAUGGUACACAAGAAGCAAGAAUGCAGGACCUACCACUUUCGAUGUUGGAGCAACUAUCCGUUGAUGGAAAGCAGCAGGUGGAAUAUAUCUUUGAUGCCAUGACCCAUACCCAACCAACCUCUCUCACAAAGUUAUACAUAUCAAACUGCUCAUCAGCCAUAUCAUUUCCAGGGGAUUCUUUGCCCCCUUCAUUGCAAGAGCUUUACAUCACACGUUGCAAGAAUGUAGAAUUUCCAAUGCAGCACCUACAACAUCACUGGCUACAGAGAUUAGAAAUAGACAACAGCUGUGAUUCACUUACAUCCUUCGCAUUGUCAGCGUUCCCAAAUCUCAAGUAUCUCACAAUUGCAAGACAUGAAAAUUUGACAUCUUUGGAGGAGCUGUCACAGUCACAGUCCCUCCGACAAUUAUGGGUUGAAGAAUGUCCUAAGUUGGAGAUCAUAAGGUUGCCUGCCCCUUUAAGGGAACUUAGAAUCAAUAGAUGUCCGUUGUUGGGUGAAGGCAUAAAGAGGAAGGACCCCCACAUUUGGCCAGCCAUUUCCCACAUCCCCCACAUCCAAGUUGAUUGGAUUCGGAUUCACAAUGAUUCAACAUCUUAA